AUGGCAGAUACCAACUCAACUGCGAGUAGAGUGAAGGAGUUCAUUUUAUUUGGAAUCACUGAUCGCCCUGAGCUGCAGAUGCCGCUCUUUGCCAUCUUCCUCCUGAACUACAGUAUCACUCUGAUGGGAAAUCUGGGCAUAAUCCUUUUAAUUCAGACUGACAGGCAGCUACAUAGCCCUAUGUACUUCUUCCUCACCCACCUGGCAUUUGUUGAUCUCUGCUAUUCCUCUGUUAUUGCCCCCAAAAUGCUGGCAAACUUCUUAGCAGUUAAGAAAACCAUUUCAUUCCAUGCUUGUGCAGCCCAGCUGGGUUCUUUCCUGACUUUCAUGAUCACAGAGUGCUUCCUCCUGGCAGUGAUGGCCUAUGACCGCUAUGUAGCCAUCUGUAACCCACUGCUUUAUCAAUCCAUCAUGUCCCAGAGAGUCUGCAUCCGGUUAGUAGCUGCACCUUAUAUAUACAGCUUUUCAGUUGCCCUGUUCCACACCAUAGUUACAUUCCGAUUGUCUUUCUGUUCUGCAAAUGUCAUCAACCAUUUCUACUUAGGAGAAGAAAUAACUAUAAUUCCAGCACCAGUGUAUCUUUUUCUGUCUUCUGAGGGACCCAUACGAAUAAUGUUGGUGGGACUGCUCUGCAGCUUCCAAGUGGUUUUCUUUACAUAUUUGCAGCCAAGGACAAAUCACUCCCUAGGAACUGAUAAAAUCGCUUCCGUUUUCUACACACUUGUGAUCCCCAUGUUGAAUCCCAUGAUCUACAGCCUGAGAAACAAGGAAGGUAAAGAUGCCCUGAAGAGAAGAAGAGAGAGAAUUCUGAUUCUUCAUUAA